CAUCUCCACAGUAAAUUCGUUUUCUUUCGCCCAAAGUUGCCAACAUACCACGUGCGUCCGUCACUCAGUGCAUCAGUAACAACUAUCCAUUACGAAACUUCUAUUCGAUCAAAUAAGCCUCACAUAGCAAAUUAGCAAUUACAUAUUUUGUUGACCAAAUUCGACCAUCCAGAUUUUUGGCAGAGUAAACCCUCUCGGGUCGACUCAUCCUCUCUGCUUUGUGCCUGUGGAACUUUCUUGUCCAUGUGGGAAAUAUGAAGUGCUGCUUGUAGCGAACUGUUACGGAAAAUUCCCAUGAAAUACAGUAGCGACAGCCAUUAUUAUUCUCAGAAUGGCAAGUGAGCAGGAGGUGGCAGCAGUGGGCAAAAUUCUGGUCAAUCCAAAGCAGGACCUGACAACACGGUUCAGAGCACUCUUCACCCUGCGUAAUGUGGGUGGACCAGAGGCCAUAGAAUGGAUCAGUCAGACUUUUGUGGAUGACUCUGCUCUGUUGAAACAUGAGUUGGCAUAUUGCCUGGGCCAAAUGCAGGAUGAGAGAGCCAUCCCCACGCUAGAGACUGUUCUGAAAGACAUAACACAGGAGCCUAUGGUCAGGCAUGAAGCAGGGGAAGCAUUAGGAGCUAUUGGGAACCUCGAGGUCCUUGACAUACUGAAAGAGUACUCUGAGGACCCAGUCAUCGAGCUUAUGCCAGUCCAUUCCAUAACCCCACAGCCACCAUGGGGCACUCUGUUCACAACGUUGACAUCAGCAAACCACAAGACGCCAUGCAUGCUGUCUAUCUGCCCAGUACAGUUGAAACCAAGAUUCAUUUGUGAAGAGCACACUUUUCCAACGUGCCAGUGGCCAUCGAAGGUGGCAGAGACGUGCCAGUUGGCUGUCAGGCGGCUGGAGUGGCUGAUAUCUGGUGGGGACCAGAAUGGAGAGGAGGGCACCGACGGAAACCCUUACUGUUCUGUGGACCCUGCUCCCCCAGCCCAGAGGAAGACUGUCCCUGAGCUGAGGACACAGCUUCUGGAUGAGAGCCUGCCGCUGUUUGAGCGCUACAGGGCCAUGUUCGCCCUCCGCAACCUGGGCACCGAAGAGGCUGUCCUGGCUCUAGGAGAUGGUCUUCAGUGUAGCAGUGCCUUGUUCCGCCAUGAGAUUGGCUACGUCCUGGGUCAGAUCCAGCACCCAGCCAGCAUCCCCCAGCUGCAGGCAGCUCUGGAGCUGGACGGGGAGAAUGCCAUGGUGAGACACGAGUGUGCAGAGGCCCUGGGAUCCAUCGGCAAGGAGGAGUGUAUGAAGAUCCUGGAGCGCUAUAGGAAAGAUGCAGAGCGCGUGGUGAAGGAGAGUUGUGAGGUAGCCCUGGACAUGCUGGAGUAUGAGAACGGCACACAGUUCCAGUACGCUGACGGACUACUACGACUGCAAGGGGAGCAGUGAGGGCCAAACGGCAAGCAUGGACAUUGGAAGCUAUAGGAGAACUGCUAUACAGCGCUGUAAGAGCUUUCCGCAGAUGUCAUAACUCAUUAUCACUUAGACCCAUUUUCAUUCAUUGAAACGAUCUUGACUCUUGCCAGUGAUUAUUGGCCUCUGACAAGGCAGUGUAAUAAUAAUAUUACAGUGCAUUGUGCCAUGUUUUAGUUUGUUCAUUGUUUUCAUGGAAGCUACAUUAAUAAAUUGUCAAGAUAAUGUAAUACUUUUCCCCCUAAGCUCAGUGAACCAUUCACAUGUAUCUUUAAUUCAGAAUGAUCUGAUAAGGAUCUGAAAUCAGAACCUGAUUUGUCAAUCAAGAUUGUUAAGCCACUUUUCUGCUCUGUCAUUCGCAUUUAUUUUUAAUCUCAAAUUAAAAUAAAGGCUUAGGUAAUAACAUUGAGACAAUA